GUGUGUAGCGCCUGUACAUGUUGGUGUAAAGGUUACUACAGUUUGCUUAGGGCUUGCCUAAUAAGGAGUGAUUUGUUGUUCCUGACUAAUCUAUGGACUCUCAGAUUGAGCAACAUCAUUGGAGACUGACAAUACAGAGAGAGCAGGACAGGAGAUGAGAGAAAGAAAAACAACAUAAUGAAAAAAACAACUUAGCAUAAGUUAGGCUGGUGGAUUAAACAGGAGAUGCAGAAAGAGAGGAGUAACACAAAACAGGAAGUUACAUAGAAUUUGCGUCUGCAGUAGUGUAAAAACAUGAGAGUGAGGAUUCACCAGGCAAUUUGAGUUUUAGCGAAGAUUGAAACAAUCAAAAACACACUGUGUAAGAGAAGAAAGGUACUAAGCGCAGUGGUGGUGGUGGUGUAGAGAUGCUGAGGAGAGAGUGUGAGUGAAUAGACUGAGAAGGAAAGAGAGGCCACCCGAGGAGACGCAGCGGAGAGGAGGACAGUGGAUCAUUAUGGGAGUCAAAUUCAGGGCUUGUGUUGCUAUUGUCUUCAUCCUCCUUUUGCUUGGCUCCAUGUGGAUACAUGGGAACCUGGAGCAACACUGGGGUGCUUGUUCGAUAGCUUAUAGCCUAAAAAACAAGCCUCCAUCUUUGGCUAUAGUUAAUAGUUCAGAUAAAGGUGAGGCUCCACUGAGGGUGUGUCCUGGUCAGAGGUUUCAAAUUGCCUAUUUGCUGGCUCACCUGCAGGCAGCACCAGUCUCUGCCAAUGAUGUGCUGCUAAAGCCGUACCUAGCAAGCUGGGAUGAGCUUAUCAGGUUUUUGGAAGCCUUGGGGCCAAUGGUGGGUUUAAUUUCACAAGAAAUUGAGUCAAAAACCACCAUCAUCCGUGACCUGGCACAAAAAGCAGAAAAAGAGGCAGAGAAGAAAAUGAAAGACAGAAAAAUGACUCAGCAAGGAGACACAGUCAUAGUGUCAUCUCAUAACAGAUCGUCUAGCUACUCUGAAAUAAACCACAGCCUCUCAUUUGGAUACACAUCUGUUCGGUCUAUGAUUAAAUGGGAGUUGGAGAAUGGUUUAGUGGAUUUUCACCAGCAGACGAACUCAGGCUGCAGGACCAUUCUACGCUUACACCGCGCUCUGCUCUGGCUGCAAAACUUCCUGCAGGAACUAGGGAAGGAUGCAACUGAAGGAGAGCGUCUACGUAGCCCUUCUGACCUCUGCAAAGAGACUUACCAGCGCACACUGGCCCACCAUCACACCUGGUUUGUGAGAAAAGGAGCGGAGCUGGCCUUUCUUGCUAUGCCUGAACGACCUUAUUUCUACAAGUUGGUGUGUGUGGGAACGCAGGCAGAAGCCACUGUGGUACUGAACAGGGUUGUGAGAGCGAUAGGAGAAGUGUACAAGAUAAAUGAAGAUGCUCUAAAGGAACACGGCAUGCUGAAUCUACCCUGAGUGUAGAAAGAGAGAGGGAAAUAAGAAUGGGACCAUCCUAAAGAACAGAGCGCUAAAAUACAAGACUAGAACUUUGAACCUUUAUAAGAAGAGAAUGAAGACAUAGCUGGAUAAAUGGGAGAAAUAAAGGCUUAUUGUUUCCAUCUUACUGG